CCCAGCUACUCUGCUGCUGUUGCAAGCUAAGUAGGUGGUGUCCUCCAUCACCGUCGCCACAGCACGGAUACAAAAAAUCUCUCCUUCCUUCCUUUUUUUCUCUGUUUAAUAUUUAGACUCGACGACAUUAGAGACAGAAGCUUCCCCCCUAUCCCCCUUCCCUCUCUCCCUUUCCCUUGAGAGUUGAGGAGAAGGGCAAUGGAAAACCAAUCGCUUCUUCUUGCUUUGAUGCUAAUAAUAAUUAAUAUGCCACUCAUAUUGUUAGUUUCAUCGUCUUCUGUGACUUCGAAUAUGAAACACAGUAACAGUGGUGGCGUGUUGUCGGCGGUGGGAGACCCAGGGAUGAAAAGAGACGCACUGAGAGUUGCCAUCGAAGCUUGGAAUUUUUGCAAUGAAGUUGCCAAAGAAGCUCCCCACAUGGGUAGCCCCAGAGCCGCUGAUUGUUUUGAUCUCUCCAAUGUUCUGGUUCUAUGUUGUAAAGGGGCUGGGAAUUUUUCUCUCGAACACAAGGUGUCGGAAGUAGAUAACAAGCUUGGAGUAGGAAUGCCCUUCCCUGGAAUAAGUCCAGAAGCCCUAAAUGAUCCAGACCUUUAUGCGGCGGAGAAGGAGCUGUACCUGGGUUCUUUAUGCCAAGUUGCAGACAGCCCCAAACCAUGGCAAUUUUGGAUGAUUAUGUUGAAAAAUGGCAACUACGAUACAACGUCUGGGUUGUGUCCCGAAAAUGGGAAAAAGGUACCUCCAUUCCCUCCUGGAAGAUUCCCUUGUUUUGGAAAGGGGUGUAUGAAUCAACCCCUCUUGUUUCAUCAACCCACAAGCUUAUCAAGUGAUGGUACAAUGAGAGGUGGUUUUAAUGGUACCUAUGACUUGGCUUCUGGCAUUAAAGGUGGGAACGGGAUCGACAACAUUUCUUUCUUUGAGGUGGUUUGGCACAAGAAAGUUGGUGCAGGCAGUUGGGCUUUUAGUCAUAAACUCAAGACCUCAAAAUUGUACCCGUGGCUGAUGUUGUACCUUAGAGCUGAUGCGACCAAGGGUUUCUCUGGAGGCUACCACUAUGACACCAGAGGAAUGCUCAAAAUUCUUCCCGAGUCACCUAAUUUCAAGGUCAGAAUGACUUUAGAUGUAAAGCGAGGAGGUGGACCUAAGAGCCAGUUCUACCUAAUAGAUAUUGGUAGCUGCUGGAAGAACAAUGGUGAACCCUGUGAUGGAAAUGUGCACACUGAUGUAACCAGGUACAGUGAGAUGAUCAUCAACCCUGAAACUCCAGCUUGGUGCAGCCCUUCGGGUCUGGGCAACUGUCCGCCAUUCCACAUUAUGCCCAACAACACAAAAAUUUACAGGAACGAUACUGCAAACUUCCCUUACUCUGCUUAUCACUAUUACUGUGCUCCCGGGAAUGCCAAAUACUUAGAGGAACCAUACAGCACUUGUGAUCCUUACAGCAAUCCUCAGGCACAGGAGCUGGUUCAGUUGCUGCCUCAUCCAAUAUGGGCUGAGUAUGGGUAUCCCACGAAAAAGGGAGACGGUUGGGUUGGGGAUGCUAGAACUUGGGAGCUUGAUGUUGGCGGCGUUUCUGGUAGACUCUACUUCUAUCAGGAUCCAGGGACCAAUCCCGCAAAAAGAAUAUGGACAUCGCUAGAUGUGGGAUCUGAGAUAUUUGUUAGUGACAAAGAUGAGGUGGCUGAAUGGGUGCUGAGUGAUUUCGACGUUAUUCUGACUCCACCAACCACAUAAAAUUCAAACACACGACACACGCUGAUGAUGAUUUAAUGUUGUUUAGUAGCUGCUGCUUGUUUAGGGUCACUAGGACUUGAAGCCAAUUAGGCUGCCCAAAAGGGCAGAAGGCUGGUUGAGGGAGGAGGAGCAGAGUAGGCACAGCCCUUGUAUUUAGUCCCCAAAGAAAACAAGUACUUUUCAUCAGGCAUCCGUAAGUGUAUGUUGGAGAAGCACAUGUAACCAGCUGGUUCUUUUUUUUUUUUUUUUUUUUUUUUUUUUUGGGGUUUGGGCAGGGGAAAAAAAGGGGGCUACAAAAUUAGUCCCCUCAAAAAUAUGUUAGAAUUAUUAUCAUAUAAUAAUAAUGUUUCAGGUUGGUGUUUACUGUU